AUGGCCAGGUCAAGAUUUUUAAGUGUCGAACGAAGAUUACAGAGAGACGAAGGGUUGAAACUGCAAUAUAUACAAUUUAUGGAUGAGUAUCUAGAAAUGGGGCAUAUGGAAAAGCUCCACGAAGAAUCAGAUGAGUCCAGAGGUGUAUUCUACCUUCCACAUCACCCAGUACUAGAGCUUUCAAGCCUUACGACAAAGUUGCGCGUCGUUUUUGAUGCCUCGGCUAAAAGUUCAUCAAAUCGGUCCUUAAACGAUGUCCUGAUGUGUGGCCCAACCGUGCACGACGAUUUAUGUGAAAUUUUGAUGCGUUUCCGCAAGUAUCAGUUUGUAAUAACAGACAACGUUGAGAAAAUGUUUCGGCAAAUCAAGAUAGAUCCAAGAGAUCGAGACUUCCAGAGGAUACUUUGGAGACCAGAACCAGAUGAUGCGUUGGAGUCCUAUCGGCUUACGGCUGUGACUUACGGUACCACACUCGCCUCUUUUAUGGCCACAAACUGUUUCAUAUCGCUGGCUGAAGGCUCAAAAUAUAGUGACCCAGAAGUAUCUGAAAUCAUACAGCGUGAUUUCUACAUGGAUGACUUGAUGUCCGGAGCUGACACUAUCGAUGAGUGCUCUCGGCUCCAAAAGUGGAGAAGUGCAAUUCUUGCUUCAGCAAACCUACCGUUAAGAAAAUGGUUCUCUAAUUCCUCUGAACUUCUAAAACCCAUAGGGAAGUCCAGCAACGAUCCCCUAUUUGCCUUACAAAUCGGUACUGAGGACAUAGUUAAAUCACUUGGACUCAGCGGGAAACCAGAAGCAGAUGAAUUUCGAUUUUUUGUGCAACAUAAUCCUACCAGGGCAAGGAGUACCAAGAUAUUGCUUUUGUCUGAUUUAAACCGAAUCUUCGACCCUUUAGGAUUUUUGUCACCAGUACUCAUAAAAGUAAAGAUAUUUCUGCAACAGCUAUGGCAGCUAAAGAUAUAG